AAGGUUACAAAAGAAUACAGAAAACCCCAAAAACAAAUGAGGGAGAAGAAGCAAAAACAAAAGAAUGUGCGUGUGUUUAAAUAGACCUCCAGAUCUCUUUCCUAAGGGGGUUAAUUUAAGAAAAUAGGUACUUUCCAGUCUACCCUGUAUGCGUUGUUUAAAGGGAAACACUUGCUUUCAUAUCUCAAACCGCCCUUGGAGAGAAAGCCUGGGAAUGAAAUCCGAUCACGCGUAUUGACAAUUUAAGCUGAACUCCCGAUAUUCUUAGACUGUUUGUUUUACAUGCCAGCUCUAUGGUUUGAUACCUCCGAUUGAUUCUUUUUUUUCUGGGAAUGUUAAAUGUAAAACUGUUAAAGUAUUUCAAGUUUGUAGCACCUCAAGUACGGUCCGUAAAUCGCUUUUUUAUAUACUGACUUAUUUGGGUGCUUCCCGCUAUGGAAACAAGCUGAUAGUACCCUUACGUGACUUUGUUUCCAUAACUCAAACUGCCUUUCCGUGAUCAAUUUGGUGCAGAAUUCAGAUGUCAAUAAAUUUGGUGGCUAUGGGUUUAUUCAUUUUUCCUGCUCUUUGAGCAAUGGCUUGUGAUGCAGGAACUGCAUCACAAUAUCUUUCCACCCUGUUCAACAAAAAGGUUUUCCAACACGUUUGGUUAUGUGCUGCAAUGCCAUAAAGUUGAUGAAAUAGUUAAAGAAUGGGAGAUAAGGACAAAAAUAAUCAUCCUUCACUCCCUGGAUGGUGGAAAAAAACUUUGGGAACAUUGUUGUGUUUUUACAUAUUUAUUCUCAGGGUAUUUUAUUACUAUUUAGUUUCGUAGUACUCAAUCAGAGUGGCACUCCUCGGAUAAAAUUGCCAAAUGCGACUUUACAAAUUAAGGCUGGUUUCUGUGUAAAAAUCAAAAGGAGUUUGAAGUUUUUACAAAGGAUAUGGAAGUAUAUGAACAUUCCAGGGGAAAGCGGGAGUGAAAGGGACAGGUGAAGUAGGGAUGCAGGUAUAUGUUUGUAUACAAGUGCCAGCUUGACUACGAGAAGGGAAAGACUGGGUCUUUUUCUCAGGGUAAGGGGGUGACUUUCAAGACCUACGCCCUCCUCCACUGCUUCCCUACAUGUUGGGUGCCUUGCUCAGGCACAAAGCAAAGUAGCACUGUCUUAACACAUAACAUAGGCAUUCCUUUCCUACUGCAUAAAAGAUGAAGGAAAAAAAUACAGCCAGUUCAGGGAAAAAAAACAAACAAAAAAAACAUUGCGUUUAUGUUUACCCAGUUUAAUCUCAGUCGCAGAGGCAGGGGGAGGGUCGGGGGGGGAACCCCCCUUUCAGACCUGAAACUUGUUUGGGACUAAACUUCUUACAUCGACAGGCCCGUAUAUUACUUUUUAACUGGCUGAAUUUUUUAAAUGAAACUGCAUGUUGCAUUUUGCCACUGAACUAAAUUUCAGGGAUGUUCAAAAAUUUGAUUCUUUUUGGGUACCCUCCUGUGACCUCUCCACCUCUGCUUGCAAGCCAGUAUUUCCUGUGCUAACGGCGACCAGCUUUUACUCAUAAUCUUUUUGUUUUCCAUCUGCUUUCUGCCUUUUACUUUUACAUGUCAACCAAAAACAAGGGAGUUCAAGACCACCAUAACAUCAAGAGAGCAAAGAGAAUGGUACAAGACACAAAGAAGAUGGGUUGUCCUGCAUAAUUAAUUGUAAAGGAGAUAAUGAAAUUUCCUCAGUUUCAGGUAACAUUAAUAUUUAAUUUAUUUCUAAAAACCCUUUAUACCUUUGAGUGUAGAAAGAGGUUCAAUUGAAAGAAGUGAAAGGGCCAUUUUAAAAAUCAUACAACAUGCAGCCCGCUGAAAAAAAAUUUAUCCUUACAUUGUAUAUCAAUGAGAUUACAGACAUACAGAUGCACAGCACAAUGUUCAAGUUUUAUAGAAAUUAAUUCCAAUUUUUACAUUUUGUCCAGAUAACCAUUGACUCACCCAAACAAUGGAGAAUUACAUCUGAAAAAGUACGAGAACACAUGUCAGGGCAGAAAGACUUCACUGGAUAAUGCCAUUUUUACAUUAAGCUUCCUGAGGUCAAGGAUCACAUGUACCACAUUACCGGAGAGGUAAACAUACAGACCACCCUUUCAUCCUCCUUUCCAUUAAUACGUAGUACAAAUAUCAAUUAGUUACUCUAUCCUUAUUCUCACCCAGGCUAGUGGUAUCAACCAGGCAGUAGACACAAGAGUUAUUACCAAAAUUCAUGAUUUGGUGAACAGGGGUGUCACUGAUGUUGAUGAGAUGAGGAGACACUUAAGAGAAUUUGUUGGAAUUCAGAUCUUCCCUGGAAGGGAGAUGCCAACUCCAACAAGCUGACAAUAUUUUCCCACAAAGAAAGAUAUCUACAAUCACAUGUACCGUGCAAUGGUAAAGAGCAGAUUUUCAAACUGCGAUCAAACAAAUGCAGAGGAAAAAGUCAAGGAGUGGCAAAUGCAAACCCCCAAUGACAAAGUUUUCUUCCGUAAAUUUAGUGACAUUUGUGAUGCAAAAUUUGAGAAUGAUGUUGUAAGCAGUUCCAGCAACGGAGAGGACCUGGAUGAUGAGGACAUCUGUGUAACAUCUCCCCUGUCCUAUCAAAAAUUCCUCUUUGUCCAGCAAACAACUUGACAGAGAAGGCUGUUGAGCAAUGGCAAUGACGUCUGCCUCUUGGAUGCCAUGUAUAAGACCACACGAUGUGCAUUACCACUGUCCUUUUUAGCAGUAAAAACAAAUGUUGACUAUCAGGUUGUGGCAUCAUUUGUUCUCCAAGAUGAGUCCGCUGAUUCCAUUAAAGAAGCUUUGCAGGUCAUCAAAGAAUGGAACCCUGACUGGCGACCAUCAUUCUUUAUGACUGAUUUUUGUGGGGAGGAAAUCCAUGCUGUUGAGGAGACAUUUCCAGGUACCACCAAACUCAGUAUUUUCCAUUUAUAAUUUGUAAUGUAUGUGUUCUACAUUGAAAGGAAAUAGAUGUAUUACUUUGGUGUUAACUUUGCUUUUUUUUUUUGCCUUUGACACAUUAUCACAAAUCUCAAACAAAGGAAAUUUUAUAACAAGCAAGUUUGAAGUAAUUUUAAUCUGAAUUUUAAUUUCACCUACAACACAUACUUUGUUUGUGUGUGUGUACACCUAAUAAAUAAUAUGAAAGGUAGGUUAAUCCUACAGGCUCUGGUUGUUCAACGGCUCAGUGCAGGAUAGAUUUAUCCAGCAGAUAAAUCAGCGGGAAAGUAAUGGGCAAACCACUUAUGCUCUCCAGUGGAGAAUAAUUAAUUUAUUCAGUGGGUAGACUGCUAUUCCAGCUUUUGAACAACCAGAGCCAAAUCUUGACACUUUGCUUUAAUAUUAAGAAGUCUGUAAUGAACCCUAAAGAGGUUUUCUUUCAUGUUCAUACUUGUGAGCCUCUUUAUUAGGGUCAUGUUAACAAUUACGCACACAUAAAAGAGAGCAACAAAAAAAAUCAUAUACUGUCUUCAAUGAAUGGAUAGCUUAUAUUACACAUAGUCAUUGUAUCUGUUUUGAAGCCAGUAUAAAACUGAUGCACACAUGGUACAUGGACAGGUUGCGGUGUUUACCUUUGUGAUUUCCAUUGUGAGCAAGCCUGGGAGAGGUAGACAGUGAAGAAGGAAAAUGAUGUCUCUGACAAAAAGGAGGAGGUCCUGUGUCGCCUGAGACGUGUCACUCGAGAGUCUACCGAAGAAAAGUAUCACAGUGCUGUUAAUGAUUUACUGACCUCAGAUGUUUGGAAACACAAUCCAAAACUAUGCCAGUGGUUUGGAAAUAAGUGGCUGAAAUCAAAAGAGGUAAUAUUUAUUUUAAUGAUGUCACAAACCAUGCUGUUCAUCUUACAAGUACUUGUGGAUAUGGAAGUGAAGGAAAGUAACUGGAGCACAACUUUAUUAACAGUAAUGCAAUCAAACAUCUAUAACGUGGCCCAGGGUGCAAAGAAAGUAGUGUCCGAUAGCCCAGGGCUAGUGGAUUUUCCUAUCGUGCUAGUGAAUUCUGUCUUUAACUUUCCUGACAGGCAAGUGAUGUUUUUUGAGGAAUUCGAGCAACAGAAGAACUGUGAAAUCAAUUCUGCUCGUCAAAAAGCUUUUGGGGCUAGUUGAAAUGACGUCCGGGCUAGUAAAUGCUAGCUUCAGCUUCCCCGAAUGGCAAGCUGUAAAAAUGAUUUUCUUUGCACCCUGAUGUGGCCUUCUGGUUUAUUCAUGCUAUUGUCCAAUUUUCUCAAAUACAGAGGUGGGUGUGCGCAUUCUGGAAAGAGGGCUUCAAUGUGAGAGUAAACACAAACAACGGAGUUGAACGGCAGAACAAACUGUUUAAAUACAGUUACCUGAAAAGCCACAAGAACAACAGCCUGACUGUGAUGCUUACAGUUCUUAUUGAGGAUUUCCUGCCAGACAAUUACAGCAGGUUAGUUGAUACAAUAAGUGUAUUCUAAGUACAGCACCAUGAAUAAUAUAUAUGAAUAAUAAUAUUAUUUUAUUUUUUAUCUCUCUUUAUAUCAACCAAAAGUUGUCUGCUUUUGGUCUUCUUUAAAUUAAAAUAUAAUAUACAUUAAAUACAUAUUUGCACAAUGGUUGCUAAAGAGAAAAAAAUGCUACUACGUUGUCUCUACAAUGCUGUUUUGUGAGCUGUUACACUCACUCAUCAGGAGACUUAAAUGGGAAGAAUAUUCACCAGCAAGGAAUAUAUUAUAUAUUAGAGUAUUCCCUAGGGUAUUGCUAGUUGAAAUGUAAUAUAGCGCUUUGUUUCUGUGUGUAUAUAUAUAUAUAUUACUAUGACUAAUCAAUAUGAGUAGAUAUGGAGUGUAAUACAAAUUUGUUUUGUGGAACAACAGAGUUGGUCCACUCAUCAAAGUACCCUAUUUGCAGGGUAACGUUUAAAAUAACUACUCACCUCAGUGACACUGAAGACGAAGUGUUUAAAACCUCAGUAAAUCCUUAUAAACCUCAGCUCAUAGUGUUGCUUUUUGCGGUAAAAGACUGAAAGCUCGUGUAUCUCCUCUUAUGUAUACAUUAUCGUUAUGGAUACACGAAGAAGCUGUGGCGGUCCGCUGACCUGGAAACCUCAUCCAAUAAGCUUUGAUCGUAAUUUACCCUCUUCCUAUUCGGUCGUGCAGUAUAAUUCUUUAAUGUUGAUGAUUUAAUUAAGGUUUACAACGUUUACAAUUAACGUAAAUUUUAUUUGUUGCAAAAAAGGUAAGGACAAAACUGUGUUUUUUACCGAAAAUUUCUGGAGUUGAAGUGGCUCCCUGUUUGUUACCAAAAAUUUCUGGCGUCAAAGUGACUCCCUCCGUAACCUCUGUGGAGUCAUCUGAACAAUUUUGGCAUAAAAUACGCCAAAUUUGGCGUAUUUGCGAACCCUGUAUUUGAUUCAAUCAACCAUCAAACAAAACUGACAUGAAAGGAACAUUUAAAAGUUACCAGUAGUGAUCAGAUUCCUACAUGUAUACGUUUCAGAUAUGUAGAGAAGAAUGUGAGGUUCAGCUCCUUGUAUCAAAAGUACAACCAAAAUAUUCCCCAGUUCCUGGUGAACAGGCUGAGACAUCUAGUUGUGCAUUGCAUGGAAAGAUGGGAGGUUGCAAAGAACAUACCAAAAAGCCACAUCACAAUAAUAGAUGAUGUAACUGGUGAGUUCAAAGUGAAGAGUCAGUUGGAGCAAACUGCAAGGUACAACCUCCAGUUUGGAGAUCCCUCCAGCAUGCCAAAGUGUGAGUGCCCUGACUGGUUGCAAACAUUCUUGCCUUGCAAGCACUUCCUUGCCAUUUUCCACCAUCUUCCUACCUGGCAAUGGGACAGUUUGCCAACCAGUUACAGAGAAUCACCACUAUUGCUCCUGGAUAAUGAUGUUAUGGAGGAAAGACCCCAUGCAGCAGUUACACAGGCAAAUGACAACAACCAUGAAGAUGAAAAUUGCAACAAUCAGGAUAUGGAUCAGUUAGCUGAAUCAUCAACAGAGGAGCAUGUUCUCCCCCUGCAACAGCCAGGCAAGCAGCCAAGAAAUCAGGCUACUAAGUGUAGCUACGUAAUCUAAGCUUUCUUGUACAUGACCCUGAAGCUCUUGCAUUGCUACUAUUGCUGCUAUUGUGGUUGUGGUUGUCGUUUAAAUUUUUUCAUUCCAGUUUAAUUUUGGUCUUCUUUUGUCUGUGAUCAUGGUUAUUUUGAUUUGAGACAAAGAAAAGUAAAAACUAUACUGGUCUGAAAAAAUUUAAACCAAAAUAACAUGUCACCACUAUUUCCAUAAACAUGGGCUAAAUUGCAGAAUACCCGGCCACUUUAAAACCUAUACAUUUUCCAGUUUACAGCAAUAAAUAUUCAUCUAAAUCCUGCUUUAGCGUAUUCCUUACCUGCAUAAGAAUAUGCAAACUUCUCUUUUGUGGGAAUUCACUUACUCCCAUGAGGCGACAAGAGUUAUGGAAACGGAGUAACCCACAUCAGCAUCGACUUGUAUCUAUAGCUGGAGGUGCCCGAAUAGCUAAACACACUGUCAGCAACUCCUAGUUAUUUCUACUUGAAAUGUUACAAAUAUCUCUUGUCCUCAGUAAGUCUGACUACUCUCCCAAUUUUUGCGUAAGACCCAAGCAGUGGCAUGUAUACGAUUUUAUCAUAUUUAUCAGUCACAUUUAAUAUAUGGGCAGUUAGUUGGCAGUUCGGGUUAAACUGUCGAUAUGCAUGAUCGGAUUUCAUUCCCAGGCCCUUCUCUCCAAGGGCGGUUUGAGAUAUGGGAACAACCAUUUACCUUGUUUAAAUUGUUCAUGAAAAAUAGUGUUGGGCAAAAUGACUGAUGGCUUAGGACAUGGUUUUGUUAAACACGAGCUGAACUCCGUUUGAAUAACUGGCCCAAAACGUUUCGUAAUUUGAACUAAAUCUGUAAUCACCUGCAGUCAGUAUACUGCGUUUUUGAACAGAUAAGGUGGCCAGCGCAGAGUCCUGUUUCUUGUUGUUGAUUACCAUAAUAUUUUGAAUUCUGCUGUGAAAUUGGUGCCAUUAGAUUCUGCAAGUGGCCGUCUGCUCUGAUUUAGUCUGCUGAACUAUUUUACGCAUACUGAGAUGCCAACCUCUGGAAAUUUAAAAUCUGGAGACACUCUCUUCUUCAUUACCCCCACCCUGAAUAUGAACAACUAUCCCCUCCCCCCAUACUCUUAUAUCUUGCACACAAGCUGAAGAUGCCAGAGUGUGAUUUGUGCCAGAAGGAAAAACCUAGCCCAUUUUAUAUCUCAGGUGUUUCUUUGGAAACCCAAGCAGUAAAGUAUUCUAGUACAUAUGAUAUAAAAUCACGCCAUCUUGCGUAAGUAGUUGGCCAGGAUUAUCUUUUCUACCCACAUAUGGCAUUGAUGCUGGGAAAUGCACCCAGGCCACAUAAGUGGGAGUGUUCCCACCACUGCGCUACCCUUGCUCCCCAACACAAUAAGGGAUAAAACUCUGAUAAUCUGUUCUUAUUGUCCUUCAGGUCAAAUUCUGUUAAUGGUUUUGUAUCCACAUCCAACACCCUAGAACAGGUAUGUUGAUUGUGAAACACAAAAUGGCGACCACUUAUAUUUUGUUCAUCUUAAGGUCUGUCUUUUCACAAAACCCAACAUCAAGAGUUAACGCCAUCAAAGUUAUUGACUUGUUAGCCUUGUUUCCUCAAACAAUUCUGUAGUAAAGCUUGGUAGUCAAUUAUUUAGUAUUUGCAGUCUAGCAAUGACCAUAUCAUUGUGCAAUCCGAGAGGUUUUAAUACAAUUAUUAAUCCUUUGCUUGUGAAUGGGAAUGGCACCUUGAUUUUUAGGCACUUAACAUGACUGUAGCUUUUCAGCCACUAUGUUUUCAAGGUGCUGCUUUUCAACUUGUCAUUUUAAUUGGUGGAGAGCUUACAGUGUAAUUAGCAAUUGCCAAAACAUCUUAGUAGCAAGUGAAUUGUCUAUGAAAAUAUUUAGACCAACUUGAUCUGUUGUUCAUGGCUUCAUUUGUUGUUUUUUUUCAGGGGGAGUGGAUUGAAGCAGUCAUUAUGGAAUAUUCUGCUCAGCUGUGGAAAAGGCAAAUAG